GGAAAGAGGGCUAUAAGGGCCGCGGCCCAGCGGGCGGGAACCAGGCGGGCCAUGGCGGAUGUCCCCGGGGCGCAGCGAGCGGGGCCCGGCGGUGGCCCGGAGCCCCGCGACCCCCUGGACUGCUGGGCCUGCGCGGUCCUGGUGACGGCCCAGAAUCUCCUGGUGGCUGCUUUCAACCUGCUCCUGUUGGCGCUGGUGCUGGGGACCAUCUUGCUACCCGCUGUCACCAUGCUGGGCUUCGGCUUCCUCUGCCACUCCCAGUUCCUGCGUUCCCAGGCACCCCCUUGCACCGCACACCUGCGGGACCCGGGCUUCACGGCCCUGCUGGUCACCGGAUUCCUGCUCCUCGUGCCGCUGCUCGUGCUUGCCCUGGCCAGCUACCGCCGCCUCUGCCUGCGCCUCCGCCUGGCGGAUUGCCUCGUGCCCUACAGCCGAGCCCUCUAUCGGCGCCGGCGCGCCUCACAGCCCCGGCAGCCCCGGGCCUCGUCGGGGUCCCAGGCCGGUCCCACACCCGGGAAGGUUUGGGUCUGAGGACCCUCCACUGGAGAGCAGUCCCGGCGUCUGCGCUCCCUCCCUCUCAGCCCAAGGACCCGAAGCCCCCGGGAUCUUCUGUCCUGCCCCGCCCCCACCCCGGCCUGAGCCUGGUCCUAGCCCCGCUUGGCGAAGAGCAGUCCCCUGGACCCGAUGCUGGUGAAAUGCUCGCAUCCCAGAACACCCGCUUGCCUCCUGCUACGCACAUCCGAAUUCUGAACGUCUGGGCUGGACCCUGCACCGCCUCCCCCCGCCCCAGCUCCUCUCGCUGACCA